GCAGCUCAUCUGCGCAGGAAGAUAGUCGUCUGCUGCAUUUUUUGUCUCUCUCUCUUCACGAUUCCUCUCUAUUUUGUACACGCCCAUGUUCGUUUAAAAAUAUUCUAUUUUCACGCUGCAUUACACACUUUUUGUCUAUGUACUCAUCGGCGAAGUCAAUGAACGUUGUAGUUUAAAAAUACUGAGAGAUGAAAAUUAGGAACGCAGUGUAUGUACCACUUGCCAGAUACAAGUUAGCCAAUAUGAUAACUCUGUUGGUAACAAAACAACGUGGUAGUGUGUCGCAUACAAUUGAACACACAUUAUCACGCAUAUUUCUCUUAACUUCCACGUACAUGAUUCCUUCUUCAUUUUUCUUCUCUUUUUUUUCCACUUCUUUGUCUUCUUUCACGCACUUGCGCGAAUCUUGAUUUCUGCAUUGAGUUUAUGAGUCUCAUACACAUGGCGAACUACUUCUCUCUUUCUCCUGGUAUAUUUUCGCCUAUCCGUCAGUAAGUCGCGGACCGUCGAUGCGAUCGAUACUAUUUGUGUGGACUUUGUAUAUGUGAUUGAAAAAAAUUAAGUGUUUUUCAGUGAGAUCAAACAGAUUCUACUCACAAACAAAAAAUCAUUUGUGACACCAAAAAAAAUAAAUAAGAUAAUUUGAUCCUAUACUGAAAACACUGACACACUUAUGAGAUGCGGGACAGCUUACGAAUUGGAUUCCAUGUGACUGCUUGUUUGCUGUAUACUUUUUCAGUGUAUUAUGAUUAUACGUACGUUGUUAUACCCUCCAGUAUCGCUCGAACACACAACGCUUUCGGCGGGAAAUUCAAAUUCCUCACAUUCUGGGACGCGAUCAUUCAAGCAGUAUUUUUCUUUAUAUGCGUACUGAACGAUUGGUUCGGUACAAACACCGUCAGUCCCAAGAAGCCACCGUUCGUACGUAAAUUAAAAGAUUAUGUACACGCAGCUUUUGCUUUUCCAACCGCGAUGUUCGUUGCGACAAUUUUCUGGUCUUUGUACGCCAUCGACCGUGAACUGGUAUUUCCAAAAGCUCUUGAUCCUUAUUUUCCAUGGUGGUUGAAUCAUCUGAUGCACACAACGAUUGUAGCCUCUAUUUUAAUAGAGAUAAUUGUAGCACCAAGAAAAUAUCCAAAACGAUUGAAGGGUAUCCUAGGCAUCCAAGCACUUAUGGUAUCUUAUUUAAUAUGGAUGCUUAUAAUAUUCAACAAAAGCGGUGUCUGGGUAUACCCGAUAUUUCACGUGUUGAACUUGCCCACGCGAACCCUGUUCUGUAUUACAAUGUUGGCGUACAGCACGGUACUUUAUGUGAUAGGAGAAGUGUUGGACAACUUCAUCUGGGGUAACGAAUACAUUAAACACCAAAAAUCUCACGCUAAGAGCAAGUAGCCUCGCCCGGGGAUUAGGUGCCGAGUUCGAUCUUACUUUAAUCUCCUCCCUCCAUUAAGGUGGCGGUGAAUAAAAAGGAAGACGAAAGGUUUUCUACCUCCCCCAAUCCUUAACCCCGUCCGUUACGAACGUUACAGCAUGCAUGCGUGUCAUCAAUUGAAUUACAUCAUUUGAAAGUCUAGUAAUAAUGGUGCAUGCAGAAAAGCAACGCAUUUAUUUCUAACACGUUGGCUGCGGAAACAAUUCCAGAACAAACAAAUUUACGCGCUAAACGCGUUAGCUGUGGCGAACGUGUUAACCGAAAUGCUCAAGAAACAAUACGGUCAUUCAUUUCUUCACCGGAAUACGUUACACAGCUGAAGCAUGUAAAUGAUUAUUUCGUAUGGCUUGUGCGUUUCGUGUGCAAUAAAAAAAAGGGAAGACUAAUCAUUGUAACGACAUACACUACACGCACUGUAGUGCCUGAUGUAAAUUAAGCGUAUAAAAAAACACUAGCAACACACAUACGUGCAAACAAUAAAACGAUUAUUAUAUUAUGUUCUUUUUUAUACGUUCGAUAACUUUGGUUAUUUUCUGUUAAUGUAAUCGAAUAAAUAAAAAAUUACAAAAUAUGAAAAGAAAAUAGCUACACGCGGUGCAUGCAAAUAAGAAAGUACAUAAAUGUACAUGUAGUUUACACGUAUCGAAUAUACAUAUGUAUAUGUAUUGUUCCGCGUUUUUAAGGUGUGUAUUAUUACACACGUAUACACAUACUUUGUACACACUUUUUCUCGAAACUAAAAUCCGACUGUAUUUGUAUCGAGUGUAGGAAAAAAAUACGUAGCCGAAAAUAUCGGACCGGAUUUGAAAGCAUAAGAAUAUGGCGAGUUGAACAAGAGGAUCGUGCUUUUGCGGACAGAUUGAACAGAGAUAUCGUUAAUUGUACCUGCUCAUCGUUUCAAAGAAGACACAAAGCCAAAUGUCGCAGCUAGAAAUGCCUCUAACAUUUGUAUUAGAUCUUGCUAGGAAAAUGAAAUUCGACUUCCUUUCUUUUUUGUAUGAGAUACAAAAAUAAGAUGUUUAAUCGACAGGAACACAGGGUUUGUUAACACUUCAUUUGUUUUUCUACCAUUAUUUUAGAACAGAAUUGAAUAAAAGACAUUGUUCUUAAUACGUGUUUAUGAAUUUUGAACAUCAUCAUGAUUACAUGUGAAUCUAAGAUAAUAUAUUGAGAUACUUGUACAUUGAGAAUAGUUAACGCUUUCUGUGGAUAAAUUUGGACGGAACGCAGAAAGUCCGUGUUAAAAUGUACGUAGAAAAUAUCAAUUAUCGAUAACGGGUAGACCCUCUUCUAUAAUUACAUACAUGAUAGCGAGCCUCGCAAUAAACGUUCACUGAGGUAGUUUCAAUGUGAUGUAUAAUAUUCAAACGGAUAUUUUAGGGAUGUUCUAUUUUAGAUACGUUUCGAGAAACGUGGACAGUAACCGUUUUCAUAAAUAAAAGUAAUAUUCGAGAUCUUAUAGGAAAGUAAACAUACAUAGGAUUAUCAAAGUACCAGACAAUAUCUUAUCUUAAUAUAUUAUAAAAAUAUAAAAUUUGUAAGUCAGCAGAUUUGUCCCUUAUGUAAGAAUUAUUUGUACAAUCACAUUGUUUUGCAUGAAACAUUUACACUUGCGUUUAGAAAUAGAAAUUGUUAAAAAAAAAAAACGAAAAAAAAGUUACUCCAUUCAUACA